UUUCUUUCAUUUUCCUGGUAACCAAACAGGGAGCUAGAAAAAUAGAGAAAAUGUACGGAAACUCUUGGGAUGAAGACAGAGCGAUGGAUCUGUUGAAUCAAUUGGAGGCAAUUUUGGAAUCCGAUCCUCUCAUUGAUGAAGUAGGGUUUAUUCACCCAUCUCAGUUUGUCACACUAUGCAAAGAGGGUGGUGAAUCCGGCGACUCAUCCGAGGAUGAUGUUUUGGGACCUAGAAAUACAAAAUUUUGGAAUAGAGAUCAUAAGUUGGGCAUUUCAACUGAGGUUCUUCUUCCGUUGUGUAAGGCUGCUAAAGGUGCAUUUAUGGAUGCAAUGAAACAGUAUAGGACACUUAACAGCUUAUCGAAUAAUAAACAUGAGCAUGAGAAUAUCAUGUAUGGCUCUUUGUCUCGUCAGUCUUUUGACAGUGAAAUCAUGAAGCAUAGCAGGGCGCUUUUAUUGUUAAGCUGCGAUUUUGGCACUGCAUGGAAUUCCAGGAAGCUAGUUGUGUCAAAGAAGCAGCAACUGGCAAUGCUUAUGGAUGAACUUCUCUUGUCAGCCCUUGUUCUUUCUUAUUCACCUAAAAGUGAACAAGCUUGGAGCCACAGGCGAUGGGUGAUCAAGAUGAUUGCUGGAAAAUGUUCAACUAUGCCAGAGAUUAUAACAAAAGAAUCUGAGCUUGUCGAAAAAAUAGCUGAGAGAUCAAAAAUGAACUAUCGUGCCUGGAAUCAUCGGUGCUGGUUAGUUUCCUACAUGACGAGAGAACAGAUGCUUCACGAGUUAAAGAAAUCCAGAGAUUGGGCUGGGUUACAUGUUGCCGAUAAUUCAUGCUUUCACUAUCGCCGACGGCUAAUGCUUGGAAUUUUAAAGAAUUCCUGCUGUAAGCAAGAAUGUGAUGAUUCUUCUUAUGAUGUUGAAAACUAUCAAGUUGUAAAGGAGGAACUUGAUUGGAACGAAGUGUUAAUAAAACGUUAUGUAGGGAGAGAGGCUCUAUGGCUACAUCGUCGUUUCCUGUCCCAGUGUUCAAUAAGCCAUUUGACAAUGAAUAUGCAUGGUAUUUCCAGCCAGUCUGAGCAGAAAACCAGCAUGGAUAAUGAAAUCAGUAUCUUCAUGCAUAAUGAAUUAUGUCUCCUAAAUUCCUGCUCAACCAUUCAAGAUAUGGAGUUUGAGGAUUUCCAAGCACAAGCAAUGUAUUCAGCAAUUUACUAUUUAUGGUUGAUAAAGCUAAUUCCUCAAUUUAGGGAGAGUGAAGUGCAAGUGAAGCUAAAAGCAGGAAACCUGAAGACUAUACUACAUAAGACAUGUCCUGAAAGAUCUUUUCUUUGGGACUUUUUGGACUUAAAUGGAAGCUUAUAAUCAGCAUGUAAUAAUACUAUUUUGUACAUUUCAACUUCCGAGGGUGCAUCGUCAUGUUUUCCAGCUCUCUAGAGAUCAGAAUGCCAUGAGGAAAACGCAGCUAUUAUGGAUUUGAACAAUGGCUGGCCAUUCCUACUUUGCCUAGGUCCUUGAAAUAAAGUUGUAUCCAAAAAUUCUAAGGGGGGAAGCAACUGCUAGCAAAACUGGACACGGUAGAUAUGAUAUGCACAAGGAGUUUUGCUGAGUUGGUUUGAAAACCAUUACAGCUUUGCAUGGACCGUUGUGUUUUUCUAUUAUAACUGAUGUCCACCUCUUUCGAUUCUGAAUGUAUGAGUUGGGAGUUUCAAGUC